CGUUGUUCUCGUCAGUCAUAUGCGUUUCUCUCUUUCUUGCGCUCCCUCUCUCUAGCUUGUUCGACUCUCGAGACCGUGACUGACUCGAUUCGCUUCGACUCGGCAGUCGCGGUUAAACUCGCGCAGGAGGCGUUACGUGCGAUUUUCGCGUCACGCACGUUAUUCAUAACAUAACGAGAGAGGGGAAAAAAGAAACCGUCAUAACGGCCGGCUUUUUGUUUCUCAAAUGUAUAUAUCCGAAAGUAUUUUGUGUCGUAAAGAGUGAACUUUUGUAUUUACACAUAUCGAUCGUUCUUCAAAACAAUCGAUUCAAUUCGAGAUAUAAUGUUUAACAAGAGAAUCACGUUUAUCCUAGUCUGUUGUUUGAAGGCGAAUGUAUUAUCGUCAAAUGUGGCACACGAUGAAAAGAAUUUCAGCGUGUUGAAAUUCUGAUUGUAUCGAAUAUAAACUUCGUUUCGCAAGGCAGUGAAAAUUGUCCGUAAGAGAACGAUCGAUAUUCGAAUUGCGAUCGAAGUCUGGUGACAAAAGUGAGAAAGUAAACAAGCUGCGCGUGCACCGUUGUCGUGUACGCCAUGUGCGUCCCAGUCAUAUCCACAAGUGCUUUGAAGAAAGGUGGUUUUAUCGUACGAUAACUCUUCGAAUUCUUCGAUAGCAAGAGAACGAAAAUUAUUUGUAAUCAAACAGAAAAUUUAAAUUUAAAAGUGUCGUUAAGAAUAACGUGAUAUUGCGUCUGCAAAUGCAAUUUUCUCGUUUUCAAAUUUAUUUGAGUAAUGCGAUAAGGUUAGGUCGCAAUUCAUCGAACAAAAAGAAAGAGUUGGAAUAAUUAAAAGAUACGAUUCGAGCAUUCUUGUUUCGCGUACUAAAAAAGUGGACAGGAAGAAGAUUGUUUGUAAAUCUCUGAUUUCUCAUCUGUAUUCUGUGUCAAAUGUCGGAUAAGAUUGGGAUAAAAAAAAUUGGGCGAGAUAAAUUUGAAAAUCAGCUGUUCAUUGAAGUAAUAGAGCGCGUUGCGUUAAUUCCUCUACGAAGAUUGACGUUCGAUCGUUAAAACUAUUUCAACGUCACGUAUUUCGACAAAACGAUCGCGAGAUCGUAACAGUAGUUCGGAAUUCAAUUCGAAAGUUGAUCCAUCCUACAUCCAGUCGUUAGAAGUACAGUACUCGAAAGUGUUGAAUUCAUUUAAAUACUGUUCGCGAAAAUCAGUUAUUCCUUCGUUCUCCCUACAGUGUUAACAAUUAGUGCCACGUCUUUUAACGAACAGUUUGAUCGAUCAUUAAACAUUCUUUAUGACUAACGAUCAUUUGCCGAGAUGAAGAAAUGAUCGACGUCGCGAAUCGGAGGCGCAGCAGUCGGCUUCCAGCUCGUGAACGAGUCGAUUGAACAUCGUCUCCGACGAGCGACGUUUUCGACGUUUUAGAUCGUAAUAUCGAUUAAUGAAAAAAACAAUCGAAUUGAGAAUCGAUUUCGUCCAUCUACCUCUAUCGCGAAAACGAAGUUUCUGCGCGUGUUCAGUCCCCCCCAGGCACGUGGAUGUUAUCGAAGGAAAUUUGCCCCGAGAGGUCGGUUCGCUACGUGGGAGCGAUUACAACACAAGCGAGUUCAUUCAUCGUAGGGAUUCCAGUGCACCGGAAGUGACGAGACGAGAGUGCUUCCCCGAAGUUGGUUGCGUGCGCGCGAGCGCACGAGUCGUCAACUUCUCUAGCGGAACGCGGUGGAGCGGUUGAAGAGCGUGUAACGUGCGUGUAUAGCGGCGUUCCGUGUGGAACGGGAAACUGCGAGCGUGGAGAGGAGAAGAGAGAGUCGAAGCGAGUCGCGCGCGAGUGGUAAGCCGUUCGAGAGAAAAGGUUCGAGAAGAAGAACGUGCAGCUGGGGCGAAGAACGGUGAAGAAAGGGGGAGAAAAGGAAGCAGCGCAGAAGAGGAACAAGGAUGCGGUCGUGGUGGAGAAUAGCGGGCUGCCGGACGACCAAGCAACGUCCUGCGAGACGCACGGUCGCUCCUUGAAGGACACCGCGGUUUUCGUGUCCGGAGGAUGGACUGCUCUCUGUCGAAGGAGGAACGAGUUGCGUGCGAGACGAGCGGCGCUCGAUUCUUACAUGACGACCACGCUGUUUUAUGAACCUGAUUGUUCCACUUCGUCGAGGCGCCUCGCCACGCUGAGCGCACGAUUAUGCAGCUGAAGAAAGCGAUGCUUAAGAUAUUCGAUCAAUGCCUGCACUUGCGGAGCAUCGAAGAACCGAGGAUGACGGCGGAGACGGCAGCUCCUUGUGUGCAGGGGAUGCAAGGGGUGCAGACCGCUAUGGCCGGCCAGGGGACGUUGCAACAGGUGCAAGAUGGAAAAUCCACCGGUGGUUACUAUUCCUCCACUUCCGCCGUCUACGAUCCGGAAUACGCCCGCAUGGAGGCGUGGCUCGACGAACAUCCCGACUUUGUCAACGAUUACUUUCUCAGGAAAGUGACGAGACAGACGGUAGACAUGUGGUUGGUCUCACACGCGACGCCAACAUCCUCGUCGAGCAGCUGCGUCGAAUUGUCCAGCCCGACCCAUGCAGGUGGCACGUCGUCCUCUGGCCGUGGUGGAUCCGGCGGAUCAGGUGCCACCACUCCUGUACGAAAAAUCUCGGCACACGAGUUCGAGCGCGGCGGUUUGCUAAAGCCGAUCGUGAACACGAUCGACGGGACGCCCACGUUCCUCAGCGUUUCGCCCGGGGAUUCAGGACAACCUGGAGGUCAGCAGGUUGGCUCCGGAAACGCGGGCAGGCCCCAAAGACGUUCCAGACACGAGUUGAGGCAUCUCGAUGAGAAAGAUCUCAUAUUCGAAUUGGUGAAGGAUAUCUGUAAUGAAUUGGAUGUGAGAUCAUUGUGCCACAAGAUCCUGCAAAACGUGAGUACCUUGUUACACGCGGAUCGUGGUUCCUUGUUCCUGGUGCAGGGGGAGAGAGGCGGUGGUUGCAUGCCGUCCUCGCAAAAUCACGACUCCACGUCGAACAAUCCAAACGAUAAUGGGAAUCCAGGAAAAACCGAGCAACGUGGAUACUCGAGGAGCAGAUGUCUAGUCUCUAAGUUGUUCGACGUGUGCUCGAGAUCGACGCUACUUGAAAUGGAGAAAAAAGAUGAGAUCAAAAUUCCCUGGGGCACGGGAAUCGUCGGUUACGUUGCCGAAAGUGGGGAACCUGUUAACAUACCAGAUGCUUACAAGGAUUCAAGAUUCAAUCGCGAAAUUGAUGCAUUGACGGGAUAUAGAACCAGAGCCCUUUUAUGCAUGCCAAUAAAGGAUUGCAACGGAGACGUUAUCGGCGUUGCACAAGUAAUCAACAAACUCGGUGGUGAAAGUCAAUUUACUGCGCAAGACGAAAAAGUUUUUGCUGGAUAUUUGCAAUUCUGUGGUAUUGGAUUAAGGAAUGCGCAGUUAUAUGAAAAAAGUCAAUUAGAGGUUAAAAGAAAUCAGGUUCUUUUAGACCUAGCUAGGAUGAUUUUCGAAGAACAGAGCACAAUAGAGCAUAUGGUAUUCAGGAUUUUGACCCAUACGCAAUCCUUGAUACAGUGUCAACGAGUACAGGUUCUCCUCGUGCAUAAGGCAUCAAAGGGCAGUUUCUCACGAGUGUUUGAUUUCGAGGCGAAUGACCUCACCGGCGAGGAUUCAGAUUCUCGCACUAGUCCAUUCGAGAGCAGAUUCCCUAUAAAUGUCGGCAUCACCGGUUACGUUGCUACAACUGGAGAGACCGUGAAUAUACCGAACGCCUACGAAGAUCCAAGAUUCGAUCCUUCCGUAGAUGAUGGCACUGGUUUUAGACAUCGUACUAUUCUCUGCAUGCCUAUCAAGAAUUCCUCGGGUCAGAUUAUUGGUGUUAUUCAACUGAUCAACAAGUUCGACGACCUUGCUUUUACAAAGAAUGAUGAGAACUUUGUCGAGGCGUUUGCUAUUUUCUGCGGCAUGGGAAUUCACAAUACACAUAUGUAUGAAAAAGCUGUGAUAGCAAUGGCCAAACAAAGCGUUACUUUAGAAGUGCUUAGUUAUCAUGCUUCCGCAUCACUGGAGGAUGCGCAAAGAUUAAGAGGUUUAAGAGUGCCUUCUGCUGCGCAUUUUCAAUUGCACGAUUUCAAGUUCGAUGACAUUUAUAUGGAAGACGACCAAACAUUAACAGCGUGUCUUCGAAUGUUUUUAGAUCUUGAUUUCGUCGAACGUUUUCAUAUUGAUUACGAUGUCCUUUGUCGUUGGCUUCUUAGUGUAAAAAAGAAUUACCGAAAUGUCACAUAUCAUAAUUGGCGUCAUGCGUUCAAUGUUGCGCAAAUGAUGUUUGCCAUUUUAACUGCCACGCAAUGGUGGAAAAUUUUUGGAGAAAUUGAAUGUCUUGCAUUGAUUAUUGCCUGUUUGUGUCAUGAUCUGGAUCAUCGUGGUACGAAUAAUUCUUUUCAAAUCAAAGCAUCUUCGCCAUUAGCACAACUCUAUUCAACGUCAACGAUGGAACAUCAUCAUUUUGAUCAGUGUCUCAUGAUACUGAGUAGUCAAGGAAAUCAAAUUUUAUCAAAUUUAUCUCCAGAAGAAUAUUCUCGUGUGGUAAAAGUUCUCGAAGAAGCAAUCCUUUCUACUGACCUAGCAGUUUAUUUCCGAAAGAGGGGUGCUUUCCUUAAUCUAGCUCAAGGUGGUGGCUAUAAUUGGGCUUACAGUGAUCAUCGAGAACUUUUGAGGGGAAUGUUGAUGACCGUGUGUGAUUUGGCGGCGAUAACUAAACCUUGGGAAGUUGAGAAGAGAGUGGCGGAAUUAGUUAGCAGUGAAUUUUUUGAACAAGGAGAUAUCGAAAGGCAGACUCUCAAUAUUACUCCUAUUGACAUUAUGAACAGGGAGAAAGAGGACCAACUGCCAAUGAUGCAAGUUGGCUUCAUCGAUUCGAUUUGCCUCCCUAUUUACGAGGCAUUCGCUUUAUUAUCGGAUAAAUUGGAACCGUUGGUCGAAGGUGUUAGAAAGAAUAAACAACAUUGGCUUGAGAUUGCGGAAUCCAGAUGUAAAUCAGACAAUUGUACGAAUCAUGACAGGACACUAUCCGAUACCGAAGAAACUUGCGAACAGGCGGAUCAGUAGUUGUUAUUUCAAUGGAGAAGUGAAAAUAUGAAAUGGAGACAAUUGUACAUGGAUAAAUACUCGUUUUUAAAACGAGGAACAAAACAAAACACGAUGUCAAAAGAGAGCAGCAGCGAGAUUAUCAUGUACGUUUUAUAUGCUGUUCGUCGAUGAAAUAAGAAAAAUCAAUCAAGGAGGCUGAAGAUGAUUAAUUUAAGACGAAUUGUGCUUCGUCCUCUCUUUGGUAAUAAAACAGAUCAACCCCGAGAUGCUACUCUUGUACCUGAUCGUAUUGUACGUAUACUUACUAUGGCAGAUCUUUGAUGUCCAGAGAGGACGAAGAAGAAGGACGAUAGAAUAUGCGAAACUCGAAGGAAUCGCAACGAAAAUUUGAUGAUUUUCUUUUCGUAUGAAAUUUCCAUUAUGAAUUGAAGACCUGUGGUCAAUCACAUUUUAUGUUUUCAAAUAUAAAUAUAAUGUUGAUGAUGAAUUAUAAUGGGAUAUACUUGUUGCGGAUGAUAAUUGGAUAACGAUCCAUUAAAAUUUCGCAUGAAGGAUAAAAUGAAGGUGCUAUUGAUGUAGAUAUAAUAAUGUUGUUCACUUAUUAAAUUUAGAAUAUUGUACGUAAAAUACGUAUUAUCAAAAAUGUAUUACCGAAUUAAAGAAUUUUUUUUUUUUUUUUUUACAGUAUUUUAAGCUAUAAGAUUUGUUUUUGUGCUUAUUUUUUGUUAAUAAGAAACGUCGAUAAUUAUAUAAUAUUCUAUAUAAUAAUGAUUUCUUAAAUUUGUAAGAAACGAAAUUGUAAAUAUAAUUAAAGAAAAUAAUUACUUGUUAUCGAGAUAUUUUGAAUCUCGUAUCAACAAAACUACUACAGGUCUUCAAUUAACGAGACGGAUAAUUCCUCAAUAAUUGCAUAGAUAUAAGAACUCUCAGCUCUUGUCUUGGAAUCGCGUUUACAGGGAAUUGUCUCCGAUUUAUGGACUCGUCCGACCAAGAAUCGAGUCUUGCGUGUAAUUAUAUAAUGUAUUCGUAAACCAAAGUGUACGUUUAUACAUCAAGAUCAAUCGUGAUCUUUAUUACUCGAUAUGGCAAUGAUUUUAAAUGCUGUUGUGCGUGCUAAUUAUUAUAAUUAGUGGUUAGAUGUGACGGGAAUAAAUUUUUUCGUCGCUUAUCUUGCUUAUCUUGAAUGUUUUUUAACAUCGUUUAGACUCAAAUGAUAGUUUUCCUCUUCGCGCAAAGCUUCUAUGAAGAGCAUUUAGAAUUUAAAAGAUACUUAAAGAAUAUGAUAAUGUUUAUCUAUGAUAAUGUAUCUUUUAUUUUUGAACAGAUGAAUUUUUAAAAUCAUUAUUGAAUACAGGACAUAUCACUGUGAUUUAAUAUAACCAAAUAUUGUGACUUAUACAAUAUAUAACAGUGAUUUAUAAAUUAUGCAGGUUUAAAACGUACGUUAUUAAAUAUUAUCAAAAUAUUUGAGUGCAAAAAGUAUAAGUAUUUAGAUCGCUUAAAAUCAAUUUCACUUGAUUUCACAAAUUAUAUAUUUUAUUUCCAAAGUUAACAUAUCUGCUCUAGAAAUAAAAAUUAGCUUUGCGAAGACGAAAGCAUUUCAGAAUUCGUUCGCGUGUGAUCGUUACUUAUAAUGAUAGUCCGUAUUUUAUAUAUGUUCCUUUCAUUGUUAAAAAAGAAGAGUGUCCUUUUUUUAAAAUCGUUAAAUUGUCGAUUUUAUUGCGUGACGCUAUAAGAGAAGUAAAAUGGUGUAAGAAUCGUGUGAUAAAAAAAAUGUUUAUUGCGUGUGAUUGUUAUACUGUGAGUGAAUGUUACGCCGAUAAAAGCGAUGCAAUGUACAGUUUUCGUGUAAAUUAUUGAUACGUCAAAAUCGAGUUGUUUAACGUGUAUGUUUAUGUUACGAUUUAACAUAUAGUAUGAGAGUCAUAUAUUAUACUGAACAACAUCUAAUAUAUUAAAACAAGACUAAAUUAUGUGAUAUAU